GCAAAGACAGCAGGGGGCCGCUGUCAGAGACCAUGGCCACGACUUUGCCCUUGCAGGGUCGUGAGGUCUUGCUAGUGGUCUUGACGGUCGUAACACUCUGGUGCAGCGCCUUGCUGUAUCUCCACGUGAACGUAGCCGAUAAGACUCUGAACGGCUUCUGGGGUACUUUGCCAUCGGCUUGGGACCAUCCGGAGCCCAACUAUUUGGUGAGUCACGGCAUCGGCGAGUUUUGGAGCGUCUUGACCACGAUCCCAGUGGCUGGGGCGCUUCUCUUCUACCAGGGUAGACGCUUCGCUUAUGGACCCAAGGUGAUGUUGAUCUACGGCCUGACCUGCUGCAUGUACACCUUGGCUUGCUUCGCUCACUUGACCCUGCAGAGACAUGUCUUCUCCACGACGGUCACCGCAGUGAUGAGCAAUGCCCUCUUGACCUUCGUGAUGUUCAGCCAUGUGGUGCACCGGGCCCUUCAAAGUGUCCUGCUGCGUCUUCUCAUCGUGGCUGUCUCCGAAGUGCUCCUGAUUGGCACUGUGGCACAGUUGCCCUACGCCAUCAACCAUGGUGGAGUUUGGACGCUGUUCAUUGUGCAAGCUCCCGGGGUCUUUUUGGCCACGGGCCUCGCUUUGAUGAUGGCCCGCUUGUCCACUCGCAAAGAGGAGAAGACGACCUAUGAUCUCGUCUUCACUUCUGGUUGUUUGCUGAGUUCGGCCAUGGUCUUAUCUUUGGUCGAGUGCCUAAUCGGUUUUGAGUGGGGAUAUCUCCAGAACUUCUGGGGCUUCCCGUAUCUUCAUGUGGCCAUCCAUCUGCUUGAGCAGUUGGGCAUUUACAUCUUUGGAGUUGGCGUGGCGGCACUCGAGGUACUUCUGUUGCGACCCAAAGACUUCCAAAAUGCCAAGGUUUCGCAGCUGCGAUGGCUCAUCUAUUUCUACUGCGAGCCGUCGAAGGAUGGCAAGUGCAGUGUGACGGCAACACCAUCCCCGACGGAGCCCUCAGGCGGUGAAUCUCCGCCCUUGAUCGCUGAGUUCAUCAACGGUGCACUCGAUCGUGGCCUGACACAGCGCGUCGAAAAACGUCCAGAGGGGAAGGGCACCACCCUGCAAAAGCGGAAGCGCACGCAGAGUCCCGGGGUGGCCAGUUUGGCAGCUUGAGCAGCGCAGCUCGUGAUCGCUGUUUGCAGUCUCUCAAUUGAGAAUUUAUGGGUGCGCCGUUCCAGCCCAUUGUGUGAACAUUGGGCUCUGUUGACCCC